GAAAACAUUUCUGUUAUGGAUGGCAAUACGGGCAGUGUGGAGCAGAGUUGGUCCUCGUCCUUGUAUGUUCAUGUUUUCAUAUGAACCAUUCUGAUAUGGUAUAAGGUCUUAAUAUUAUAAACCAAACAUCUGUGACUCGAAUGAACUAUAGUAGGCAUCAGGGAAGUUGCAAGAGUUAAUAUGGGCCACGGCUAGUACAGCAGGUCACAAACAAGGGAGAGUGAGGAUUCAUUUCACACUGACGCAGUUUGCUCUACUCCAAGUGUCUCUGUGAAUGUACGAUAGAUUAUUAACUUUGCUCUUGCCCAAGGAAAAACCCCAUUAGUUUAUUAGAUUAGAAGUCCUUAGGAGAGGAUUAAUGUACAUACCUGUUGUAAAAAAUGGCUGGACAUGGGAGUAACAGUUAGGAUCUUUGAGUGCUUUCUGGUUAAUGAGACUGGAAGAAGGAAAGAAGAGAGCAGAAUAGGAGAAGAUGUUUCUUUGUAAGGCAGUAGAUCCUUUCUAGUGUGACUUAGGAGAUUCAUAAAUCAUAACUCACAGAGACAUUUGCUUUUGAAAGAACAACUGAACAAAAUAGAAGGAAAUUGGAAAAAAGUUAUCUUCCUGGACUUAUACUACCUAAGGGAAAUGUUGUCUUAAAUGCACAGAUGGAUGUGUGGGGCUUAGGAUGGUUCUUUUGCCUAAUAAGAUUUCUACUACAGCACCAAGGCUUUUGUUUUCCUGAAGUAAUCCUCUUAUGUACCUCAGAUAUGCCCUCUCCCUUGGCGAGUAUAUUAAGCUGAUAGUGCCAUACUCUAUAUGCUUUCACUUCGCGUUUAUGCACAUGGUAGAAGAGCAUUUCUUGUUCCAAUAAGUGUUUGCAGGCAGUCACUUGACUGAGUGUGCUUGUCAUAAUCUCUUGAAGAUUGCCUACUAAAAAUACCUCUUCCUUAAUCUCCUUUGUGGACAAGGAAGUAAAAUAAGGAUGUGUGUGACAGACGGACGGCUACACAGGCAUUACAAUAUAUACACAUGCUUGGGUUCUCUCACUUGCUCACAUUCUAAGUGACUUCCUGAGCUGUUCGCUUCCUAUAUGCCAUAGCCAUGCCAUCUUUUCCCAUACUCAACAGUUUGGGGAAACUCUGUGGAUCAGGAAAAAGCAAGGAGUUGGUGUCUGAGCGGAUCAAGUACAAAAACUCUGUCAAAAGGAUGUCCAUUAUAGAAGAUGGUGAUAUUGCGGAGGUCUUGUACCUUAUCCCUAAGCAGUCUUUGAUGAAGCAACUGCCGUAUCUUAAUCCAGAUGACUACUAUUUGUGCGAAUGGAUAUGCAAUGGUCCAGAAGACUUGGUGGCCCACCCUCAGGAGCCUCCUCACUCCACAGAGAAACCAGUCAUCCACUGCCAUAAAUGUGGUGAGCCAUGCAAAGGUGAAGUGCUUCGCGUCCAAGCCAGGCAUUUUCACAUCAAAUGUUUCACCUGCAAAGUCUGCGGUUGCGACUUGGCUCAAGGAGGCUUUUUCAUUAAGAAUGGGGAAUACCUCUGUACUGUGGAUUACCAGCGGAUGUAUGGGACCCGAUGCAACGGCUGCGGCGAGUUUGUGGAAGGAGAAGUUGUAACCGCUCUCGGGAAAACGUACCAUCCCAACUGCUUUGCCUGCACUGUGUGCAAACGUCCUUUCCCACCAGGAGACCGGGUUACCUUUAAUGGAAGAGACUGUCUCUGUCAAAUGUGUGCUCAGCCAAUGUCAUCUAGCCCAAAAGAACUCUCCAGUUCCAGCAAUUGUGCCGGCUGUGGAAGAGAUAUAAAGAACGGACAAGCAUUACUUGCCUUGGAUAAACAGUGGCAUCUGGGAUGCUUCAAAUGCAAAGCCUGUGCAAAGGUCCUGACGGGAGAGUACAUUAGCAAAGACGGUGCUCCUUACUGUGAAAAGGACUACCAAAUUCUCUUUGGGGUCAAAUGUGAAGCAUGUCACCAGUUCAUCACAGGGAAAGUCCUAGAGGCAGGUGACAAACAUUACCAUCCAAGCUGUGCACGAUGCAGCAGGUGCAACCAAAUGUUCACAGAAGGAGAAGAAAUGUACUUGCAAGGUUCCACAGUUUGGCAUCCCGACUGUAAGCAGUCCACAAAGGGAGAGGAAAAGCUACGGCAUUCCUCAUCUGAUUUCUUUUAUCCAAAGAGUUUGGUUCUUCGCAAGCCACGCUCUUCAGAGCCCACAAGAACAUCCUCAGAAAGUAUUUAUUCUAGGCCUGGAUCCAGUAUACCUGGCUCACCAGGGCAUUCAAUCUAUGCAAAAGUAGACAAUGAAAUCCUUGAUUAUAAGGAUUUAGCAGCCAUUCCCAAAGUCAAGGCCAUUUAUGACAUUGAGCGUCCAGACCUAAUUACUUAUGAGCCCUUCUACACUUCCGCCUAUGAGGAGAGACAAGAGAGGCAGAGUCUUGGAGAGACUCAGAGUUCAAGAUAUGGCAGUUCUCCUGUGCAGGAUGAAAGUUCUCCAAGGACACUAUCUCCAACCCCAUCAGCAGAAGGUUAUCAAGAUCUUCGGGAUCGGAUGAUACAGCGGUCCACAAGUCAGGGUUCCAUUGGCUCUCCUGUGUACAGUCGUCACAGCUACACUCCCACAAUGUCACGCUCACCACAGCAUUUUCACAGACCUGAUACAGCUUCAUUCUACAUAGGCAAUGAGCCGUCCAGCGGUCGGAACUCCCCUGCCCCUUACCGGCCCGACAGCCGCCCUCUAACACCAACUUACGCUCAGACCCCUAAACAUUUCCAUGUUCCAGAUCAAGGCACGAAUAUUUAUAGAAAACCACCUAUCUACAAACAGCAUGAUGCAGCUGCUCUGGCAGCCCUGAACAAGCCUUCUGAUGAGAUCAUCAAGUCCUCCAAGUUCCCUGCAGCCCAUGCGCCAGCACCCAACGAAAUUCCAAAGAUUGAGACAGAGUACUGGCCAGGUCCUCCCUCACUUGCGGCUGUAGCAGGUUCUGACAUGCGGCGCAGAUCCACUGGUAGAGAUGAAGACCUUGAGGAACUCCAAAGGCGUCGGCAGCUACAGGAGGAACAGCUGAUGAAGCUCAACUCAGGUCUGGGACAGUUGAUAUUAAAAGAAGAGAUGGAAAAAGAAAGAUCAUCACUAUCUGGUAGCCGUUAUGAAUCUUCAGUUAAUUCAUCUCCCCGUGCUGCUGCCUCUAAAACCUCUUCCCUUCCUGGCUAUGGAAGAAACGGACUUCAUAGGCCAGUGUCUACAGACUUUGGUCAAUACAACAGUUAUGGAGAUGUGAGCAGUGCUGCUCGUGAUUUCCAGGUACAGUACAGAUUUUCUACCUUCAAGUAGUGGACACUCUGAACAACUCCAGCAACACCCUGUCCACUGUUUUACUCCAAGUUUCAAUUUCUGCUACAGGAAAGAGUUUCUUAGAACAUGCUCAUUUGUAUGUUUUAUACCUAGUUAAUGAUGUAAGCUUGUACCACUGUGGAAAACCCACAGCUACGACAGUACCUUGUGCAAGCCAGUUUUAUGACUUGCUUGGCCCGCUUUCCUUCAAUUGGCAUGCAUCUGUGGCAAUUCUCUCUUUGGUGGGGUCUCUUCUGAUUCCUCAGAUUUCCAACCAAAGGGAUGUCCAGACAUAAACUUUCUCCUUCUGAAGCCUCUUUCUCCCCCUGCCCUUUUUUCCAGAUGUUAUUCCCUACUUUCCCACAUAUAAUUCCUUGAUUUUGUAUGUGGUUGUUGGCAUGGAAAAAAAAGAUGGUCUUGUGAAAUACUUUUAAGGUUCUGUAGACUGAUCAAGAAAAAGUGUGGACUUCUCUGCCUGUCCCCGUCAGCCAUCAUCCUAGAAUUUAGUGAUUAAAUGCUUGCUAUGCCUAUCAUAUAUCACAUUUUCAUAAACAGGAAAUUAUGACAAAAUCCUCAUUGCAUAUUAACUGCAAAAGACUUGACAGUCAGCUGAACAACUUUUAGCAAAUCCAGGGAUCAGUUUUCUCUCUCAGGAGACCACCAGGGUCCAAGCAGACUGCCCAAAAAGACCCCCCAACCCAGAAUCAACCAGAAGUAGCUGAAAAACACUAAUAGUUUUGGACAAGUGGUUUUGUUUUAUAUGAACACUAGCUGUGCCCAGCCACGCGUUGCUGUGGCGAAGUAUGGUGGUAUGGGAAAUAAAGUAUUGAGGAAUUGGUGGUAGUUAAGGUAAAGGGUAAAGGUUUUACCUUACAUUAAGUCCAUUAUAAAUGGGUUAUAUAGCUGUGUGGAAGGGCCUUGAGUCUACACUGCCAUAUAAUCCAGUUAAAAUCAGAUAAUCUGUAUUUUAUAGGCAGAGUGGAAGAGGCCUAAGUGAGGCCUAACUCUGCCUGUCCCCUGGGCUGAGUGGGUUGCUAGGAGACCAAGUGGGCGGAGCUUAGCCUUCUAACUGGCAGCAAUUGGAUAAAAACAAUUCUUCCUCUCCCUCUAAUUAGGACUUUAUUUUUCUUUUCUUUUUGUUGUAUGAACGUAGAGGCAUGGAUGACGGGUUGUGCUGCCAAGUUUAGUGUUUCUGGGAUGUGUAGUUUUGUUGUUUUGCCCUAGGCCAAAUUUUAUUACCCGUAUAUAUAUAUGGAUGGAUUGGAGAGGGUUGCUUGGAGAUUUAAGACCAUCUGGUUGGCCAGAUGGAAAUUUGUUGUGUUACUUAUUAAAUGGGAUUUUUAAAAAAAAUAACAAACAUGAAAGUAUAGGUGGAACACAACUAAGGUGCCUUCUACACUUCCCUAUAUCCCAGGAUCUGAUCCCAGAUUAUCUGCUUAUCCCAGAUUAUCUGACAGUGGAGACUCAUAUAAUCCAGUUUAAAACAGAUAACCUGGGAUCAGAUCCUGGAGGAUAUAAGGACAGUGUAGAAGGGGCCUUAGUGAAAAGGAAGGAUGGAACAAAAUGACAGGCUAGAUUUGUGUCAAUAUAAGAUCAAUGUUGCCCACCACAGAAAUGUAAGUACCGGGUAUUGAGGAGAACUAGGAGUAGACUAGUUAUGGUCAUGCUGACCUUGUAGGUCGUUGGCUUGCCAAUAUGUGAGCAAAGAUCGGACAGAGCUGUGGCUCAGUGGGUUAAACUGCUGAGCUGCUGAACUUGCUGACCAAAAGGUCAGUGGUUUGAAUCUGGGGAGCGGAGUGAGCCCCCGCUGUUAGCACCAGCUUCUGCCAAUCUAGCAGUUUGAAAACAUACACAUGUGAGUAGAUCAAUAGGUACUGCUCUGGCAGGAAAGUAACAGUGCUCCAUGCAGUCAUGCCGACCGUGGAGGUGUCUACAGACAAUGCCGGCUCUUUGACUUAGAAAUGGAGAUGAGCACUAACCCCCAGAGUCAGACACGACUAGACUUAAUGUCAGGGGAACACAUUUAUCUUUUACCUUGAUUUGCUCCAGCAGAUUUUUUUCUUAAUUCUAGUGACCAGAAAGAUUCUCUCAACUUGCCACUGAAUCUUUACUUUGAAAGCUUUUGUUGGGAUACGUGAAGAACUUAACACAAUUAUAAUGUCACAACUGUGUGACAUCUGUAAGGAGAAAGAAAUGAUAAAUAAGCAGAUUGCCCCUGGUACCAUAUCAUACAUUUAUGAGAUGUUAAAAUCAUAAAUAAUAAUAGUUGGCCAUUGCAAAGGUCAAGAUUGAAGUGUAAAUUCAUGUCCAUAUUCACCAUGAAUGCCUUUACCCUAUUUAUGUAUGUCUGUGUGCAUGUAACCUGUGUGUUUGAUGUCUACCUAUAUCUGAUACAGUCCCUCCCAGAUGGUCAUGUCCCUGGAAUGCGAAUGGACCGAGGAGUGUCUAUGCCUAAC